CCGAGACGACCAUCGAACACAGCUACUGAUACGGGUGCUGGUCGUGAUCUUCUGCCAGCCUCAUUUUAUACUAUCCAAAUAAAAAAUAAUUUCAUAGUUAAAAAUAUGUAUUGUCAAUUUUCAAAUGUAACAGCAACCGUUACAAAAAUUAAAUCUCUAGACUUUUAUUUAAUAAGUAAUGCUAAAGGUAUAUCUCGAACAUAUCAGACAACUAUUCGAUGUUGUUUACAUUCAUUGAAUCGAUUACAUGAUUAUAAACAACAAUCUUUUCAAUUGAGAAACAACAAAUCGGCUAUUAGAGUUUCCGGAGUACUGAAAAAAAUAACUUUAUUGAAUCACAAAAAUUAUGGACACUUGCAACUAUCGAGAAAUUUUUCUGAUUUUCCAACUCAACAAGCACCAAUUGUCAAAGUUGAUGGUUGUUUGAAGGUACUGGUCGACAGUGCUCCGGUUGAAUUUUGUCAAAGUUCAUUUAUAUGGCUACAUUCCUACUCUGGGCUUCCAUGGUGGGCGACAAUAAUGGUAACAACAUUUGCUCUUCGAUCACUUAUUACCUUGCCAUGUGCCCUUUAUCAGCAUAAUAUUUUGUCUAAAACAGCACUUCUGAAAUAUGACAUGGAAGACAUCGUUAAGGAUUUAAAAAGAGAAGCAAAUUUCCGUGUCCAACAGCUCGGCUGGACUGAAACUCGAGCAAGACAUAUUUAUAAUAGAUCAGUUAAGAAAGAGUGGAACAAAUUGAUCGUUAGAGAUAAUUGCCAUCCUAUGAAGAGCUUGGUGCUCGUUUUGGUCCAGGUUCCGAUAUGGGUGAUUGUGUCAGCAGGCCUCAGGAAUAUCUGCUUUAUGCUGCCGUCUCAAACUCCACGUGCGGUGAAGGCCUAUCAAGAUUUGAGUCUCGAGGGUUUCUGGUGGAUUGCUGAUCUCACUGCUGUUGAUAGCUACUGGAUACUUCCCGUUUCACUGGGAAUCACAAGUUUGAUCAAUAUUGAGAUUCAAGCAAUGCUGAGGAUCACUGAGUCUAGUAGAAUGCAAAACGUUUUGGUUAACCUAUUACGAGCAGUAUCGCUAUUUACAAUUCCCUUGGCAGCAAUGGUGCCUUCGUGUUUAAGUUUGUAUUGGGUAACAAGUAGUACCUUCAGUAUUUUACAAACUUUAUUAAUUGUAUCACCGAAAGUACGCAGAACUUGUCACAUCCCAGUCACAGACAACGAGUUGAAGCAUCCUUAUCGUAGCCUUUACAACAGCAUGAAGCGUCGAAUCAUUCACAACAAAACUUAACUCGUUAUAACACCAAUUUGGCUCAAUAAAAAAUUUAAUAAAUCAUCUAUUGUCAUACCGUAAUUUUUUCGAUUAUUUCCUUGCUAAGAUUGACAAGGAUAACUGAAAAAUACCAUAUUCCGAAGAGUCUACAUAGCUGACAUCCUAUAUCCUUGUUUUCGAAAGUUUUUAUGAUAAAUUUUGGUGAACAAUAC